GUUGCCAGAAGGGCUGUCGAUACGGCACCGGGCCCCGUGAGGGCAUUGCAGUUUCUAACAGUGCCGGUGCCAGGCGAGCCACUCCAGCAUGCCGGUACCACUUUGCAACACGCUAUGCCUAUGGAGCCUGACCUAGCCUUGCGCAUCAGCGACGGCAGGCUUCUGGUUAUGGACGUGGCCGGCCUCAUCCAAGAGGCCCUCCCGACUGUCCUGACGGAGAUCCAAUGGCUGCGCAUCGAGCGUCCCAUCUGGGACGAAGUUUCUGCAAUGAGCCAGCAGCGUAUGCCAGCCGUGCCUGAGGCGCUUCGCUACGGCAUGCCCGCCGGGCUUAGCAAUGCCUUUAGCACCACCAGCACCACCACAGGUAUGCUAAGGGAUGGUGUUCGCAUCUACCGUAUCAGACUUUUCGGCAAUGGCAAAGAGGUUGCACACGAUGUCCAGGCACCUUGCCAGCAGCUGGAUUUGGUCCUCUGCCUUCUGUUGGGGAAGCUUCAGCACACCGCGCCUAACACCUGCGGCCCGGCAAGCAUCAUGAUGGCCAAGGCACAGCCCCCAGCAACAGGCGAUGUGCAGGAGGUCCUCUUCCUCAGUCAUCAGACUGACGUUUACGAUAUGGUUUCCCUGUUUGUGGAUGGUCGGCCUCAGGGGGGCAGUUUGGUGCUUGCCCAGCUCCCGCGUUUGACAUCUACUGAACACGCCAUACCGGAAUCGGUUAGAGGUGCUGGAUGCUUUGCACUCAUCAAUGGAUCCCCUGCCCACCUAGCACAGAGGCCCGUGAUGCAUGGGGAUUAUGUUCAGCUUGGUUGUUCGGGUGUCUUCGUUCCACAUGUGGCUGCGCAGGGUGGCAAAAGUGUGGCAGCCUUUGGAAAAUGUGAUUACGAUCGUUGGGCCAGCACAUGGGCCAGUGCGACUGAGAAUGGAUACUCCAUUCGUGCCGACUGUGGCCGAACUCCGGGAGGCCCUUUUAUUUCGAUGACCGAGUUUAACGGUAUGCAUCUGGCCAUGGCCUACACCACGGCACAGAUUCCAGGUGCCGCGCUGUUCGUGACGGUCUGCCCGCAAAGCGACCUACGCACAGUCUUGCUACCUCUGGCGCCGAGUCCAGCACACUACAUUGUGCUCAUGAUACCAUCACUCGCGGAAGAUCUCGGCUACCUUCCUCUGGACCCCCAACAGAGACCUAUGACAGGUGGAAGCAUGGCCAAAUACUGGCUAUUUUUACUCUGCCUUCUUCCAUGGCACGCCCUAUCCACCGACAUCUCAGGCCGCCACGUCCAAUCUUCAGGGAAACCUACAGUCCUGCUGGUCGGAUUGUCCCCAGAAGUGGCACCUCACUUGUGCAAAUCCGUGAUUCACGGGCAGCCGAACAGGUUCGAUGUCGCAAGGCGGCCCGUCAAUGGCAAGUUGAUGAGCACCAGCCUUGCGUUGAAGGUGCAGGCUGAGGUUUUGAAGGAGUCCCAUGCUCCACUGCGCAGGAUUGCCAUUCCUACGCCCAGUGGACGCCGUCAUGUGCCGGCGGGUGAAGCUGUGGCAACCGACACCUCCUUGCAGCCCUCAGGUUCCGGUUCCAAUGGUGUCGACGCUCCCCAGAUAGGAGCUCGCUCAUCAACAUCUACACCCCGUCGUGCUGCUAUUUGUUUGGACACUGCCAUUGCUCCUCCUGCCGUGGGCCUUGGAUUUGGGCUGGCCCCUGACAUGCUCGACUUUCUGUUGCUCGAGCAUGCUCUGCAUGAUCUGGCCACUGAUUUGCCGGCUCUGCCUGACUUGUUAUCUGCGGCUCGGGCCGGCUGGACUGCGCUGGAGGAGUGGAACAGGUCAGAGCCACUGCACGGCCUUCAGCUUUUCACUGAUGGCUCCUUCUUCCCCUCGUCCAGUUCAGCUGGAUGGUCAGUUGUGGUUCUGGGGAGUUGUGCAGGUCGUGCUGUGCGUGUGGGUUUCAUGUGCGGUACUUGCCCAGGUUUCUCCGCCUACCAGGGCGAACUAUGCGCCCUCGUGCAUGCUCGGGCUCUCGCCCUCUCUGUGAGGCCACUUCCAGUGGCGGUCGCUAGCGACUGCACUUCAGCGUUACAGGUCGCCUUUGGCGCGGCGGGGUUUGAGCACAAUGAUGACUUUGCGCGGGCCCUUGCUGGACUUUCGCUUGCGUCCACGGUCUUCCAACAGCCGGUCAUGCCCCUACACAUCCGUUCUCAUACUGGCUGCGCGUUCAAUGAUACAGCAGACGCGCUAGCUAAGGGAGCCGCCCGGGGUGUUAUUGGGGAACCGAUGCUUAUGAAAGCCGAUGCUUUCUGGGCUGGGGUACGCGAGAGGGUUUGUGAUUGGGUGUGGCUUCUUGCGCCUCAGUUUUUGUCCUCCGUGCAGCUGCCGUACUUGUCGCCUGGGGGCACUUGGACCCGAGCGUCAUGUGAAGCACCGCCCAGCACCUCUGUGGACCCGGCUGUUCUGCAACCUGAAACGCGUCUUGGUGUCACAGGCGUUGGUGCUAACGACGACUUCUGGGUCGUCAGUGCACCUUGUGCGGAUGCCGGUGUUGGAGGAUGGCAGGCCCUUUCUGACUUCACUUCCGAGUUUGGGCUGACCUCACAGCUGCCAGUCAGCACCACAGGUCAGCCAAUUAGGACUUGGACGAGCCCCGCCGGGAAAGAUGCGCUCAUUGAUUAUGUGCUUGUGUCCUCCGACUGGCAAUCCUCCUUGACCACCUUGGAUACGCCGGACUUGCAGGUCAGCUGGGAUACUGACAUCUCCACUCAUGUCCAGGUCUUUCAUCGACAUCUCCACGACCGGCUGGUGAGAGAUUUGCCCCACAUGCCUGCCCCGGCACGCCAUCCUGCUGUCACUGCGAGGCACCAUCGCAGGGCGCAACUUCAUGCACUUUUUACGGCCUGGCGUGCCGGCACUGCAAGCCACCGCCAGUGUCGUCUCUGCAAGACUGCUGCGAACCGACUUGCGGAAAUUUGUGCCGCGACCCUUCGCGUUGGCAAAUGGGUGCGUGCUGCCAUGCAACAGGAUAAGGCCAGCUUUAGCAGGGCGCAGAUAGAGGCCGCACGGGGCGCCGGGCCGGCGAAGUUUGCCCACCUUCUCCGGGCAAUCACCAGACAGGGUCGUCGCUUCAAGCCGCCCAAGGUCCUCCCGGUCAUACGGCAGGAUGGCCAUGAUCAUAUUGGCCAGUUCGCUGUCACCAAAGUGCUGGGCGCUUCUUAUGCAGCGGCUGAACGCGCUUCUCCUGUCCAACCAGGGGACUUCCUGGACUCCUGCAAGGUGAGCCGCUUGUUGGAGACUCCGAUCGAGGUGACAGUUUUUGCUUCCAACCCAGUGGCAGCGGCACUCGCCUACGGGCCCGUCAUUCUCAAGCUUUUGGCUCGGGGAGUGAACCCAGCUCAAUGGUCGGGAGGUGUCGCCCAUUCUAUCCCGAAGGGGUCCAAGGACCCUGGCAGUGUCCAGGGCUGGCGUGCCAUUUUACUGCUUGAGACCGACGCUAAGGCAUACCAGAAGGCUUGGCGGCCGCAAGCCAUCCGCGCAUUGGAGCACACCAGGGCGGUAGGGCAACACGGGGGUAUCCCGAAACAUACGCUCGAGCAGCCGGCUGCACUCGCGCGUGCCCACUUGCAAGGCCUCUCGGCCUCGGGGCGGUCGGGAGGGGCCCUUUUUGUGGACUGUGCAGCGGCCUACUACUCGAUCGUGCGCGAUUUUUACUUUUCUGGCCUGCACCACAGCUGGACUCAAGAUGAGCUUGUGCAGCGGUCGCGUCUUUUCUUUGAUGACGCAGAGGACCAAGACAGAUUCCUGGCAGAGAUGCGUGAGGGCCAGUGGCUCCGAGCCCUCCAACUUCCAGCGGAUCUGCACAGGAUCGUCAUGGCUCAGCUUCAGGAUACCUGGUACAUCGAUGGCAGCCCAGGGACGACCCUCUACGCCACCCGCUCGGGCACGGCGCCAGGUUCUCCUGUCGCCGAUGCCUUGUUUGCCUUCCUGUUUAGCAGGUUUUUGCGCGGUAUAGAGGCUUACCUUCGUGACACUGGGAUCACCCCUACUGUCCACGUAUGCUGUGCUCAGGCAGGUGAUGCUGCUGCCCCUACUUGGGCAGAUGACGUGGUCAUUCUUUUUACUGCCAGCGGCCCUUCUGUUGUCGCGUCCACAUUGGCCUCGCUUGGUGGGCAGGUUGUCUCUCGGCUACGCGGGCAUACUCCUCUUCGGAUUGUCCCUGCUUAUGUGCAUCUCGGGACCACUCUCAACGCGGAGCUCUCGGAGACUGCCAAUCUCAAGCGCAGGGCGUUGAUGCUCUAUACGGCAUUCAAACCCAUCAAGCAUCGCCUCCUGCGCAACCCUUACCUUUUCUUCCACGAGAAGCGGGAGUUGAUACUGAGUCGCAUUAUCCCCGCCUUUCUCCACGGGUCAGGUUUGUGGCGCCUUUCGACGCGACAUGAGGUUGACUUGGCCCAUGGGCCGCUCAAUGCUGUUUUCCGUCAGUGCAUCCGCCCCCUCACGGGUUACAGUGCCGCUUUGCUUACCCAUGAUGAGGUGCUGUCUGCCCUCGACCUUCCCUCAGUGGAGGAGCUGAUUCGGGUGCACCAGGCCAGGGCAUUAGCGCAAGUGCUACGGGCGGACAUGCGAUCCAGCUGGGAGGGCUUUACUGCCGACGGGUGCUGGCUUCGGCAGGCCUGCGCCGCAGCAGCUCUGGUGUUUCCCUCCGAGGAUCUCCACUCUCUUGUCAAGGAUGGUGCUCCAGACGACCUCGGGCCCCUGUCACUGCACUUUCAGGGUAAGGACCGCCAGUUGCGCAAUGCCUGCCGACACUACCUCAGGCAGUGCCGUUCUGCCCGCAAGCCCGUGGAUUGGAAGGCCGUGCUGCUUCGACAGGAACAGGCCGAUCAUGUGGAGGUUAUCGCCAGCUCAGGACCGCGGCUGCAGUUUGCCUGCCACCUUUGCGAUGUGGCGUCCCGCCAACGGCUAUGCGUGCACCUGUCUCGACGGCACGGACAGCUUGCACAAG